CUUACACACACACGCGUAAAAAAAAAAACAACUCACAGAAUUCAACGGUCAAAGCGAUCAUCACCCAUCAAUCAAUCUAUACACCUUUGUAAGCUUCGCCUUGUGUUUGUCUUUCAGUGAAAUCUCAGAAACUCUUUUGGAAUUGGCAUCAGAAAAUUCAGAAACUCUUUUGGAAUUGGCAUCAGAAAAUUCAGAAACAGAGUGAGAGAGAGAGAGAAGUGAUCAUCAGAUUGAGUUGAGAGAGAGAGAGAUGAUGGUGGGACAGAAAAGCUACCUGAGAAUGAGGACUGAUUCAGACGCCACAAAGUUGGUCAGCAACGACAUCAAUGAUCUCAAGAUCGCUUACAAGAAUCUCGCCAAUCAUUCCCUCAAGCUCUUCAGCUCCGGAUUCGGCGCUUCGUUCCUCGAAUGGAUCGCUUCCUUCGCUGCCAUCUAUUUGUUGAUCUUGGACCGAACAAACUGGAAAACAAACAUUCUUACGUCGCUGUUAAUCCCAUACAUUUUCUUCAGUCUUCCUCCACUCCUUUUCAGCUUCUUCAGGGGAGAAGUUGGGAAAUGGAUUGCUAUCAUUGCUGUUGUCCUGCGACUUUUCUUCCCACAUCGUUUCCCAAAUUGGCUGGAAUUGCCAGCCGCUUUGAUUCUUCUCAUAGUAGUGGCUCCUAGCUUCUUUGCAAGUACCCUAAGGAACAGCUGGGUCGGUCUGAUCAUUUGCCUCGCAAUUGCUUGUUACUUGUUGCAAGAGCACAUAAGAGCAUCUGGUGGCUUCAGAAACGCUUUCACAAAAGCCCACGGCGUGUCGAACACAAUCGGCAUUGUCAUUCUCUUUGUCUAUCCUGUUUGGGCUUUGGUGCUUCACAUUCUGUAGAUCAGAUUUUCAGGUAGUCUUACAAAGGUUUGCAGAUUCUAUGGAUUGUAUUUGUGUCAUUUAUUUGUUUACAUCGUACAGAAUUUGUACAUAUGUGACAAUCAAAAUAAUGUGUGGGGGACUGUGUUCUUUGUCUUAGAAAAGUACAAUAUUGCUUUCCAAUAAUAAUGAAGUUGUUGUCAAACAGUAAAAAAAAAAAAACAGAGGAUUGAUUUGGAUUGUAAAA